AUGCUGACGGUCAGGCUCGUGUGGUCGUUGGCGACUUUGGUCUAUCCCGUCCAAUGCCUGCCGGUCGAACCGAUUGGACCAACUCGUUCGGGCCGCNCGCAUGUGAUUGAUACGGCAAACCGUCAGAUAUGUGCACCCGGGAGUAGUGUGGCCUAUGUGACCGAUAUGACUUUAAAAACAGUUACUCCACUGGACCCGGGUUCUGAUUUGACCAGUGUAGGAGUCACAUUCGGCACCCUGGGAUGGAUGGCUCCGGAAUUAUGCGAUCCGCAGUCCGGGCAUCUGACCUAUGCCAUCGAUAUUUUUGCAUGUGGUCUGCUUGCCUACCACGUUCUAACCGGUGGUGGUCACCCAUACGACCAGUCAGAGCUGUCCGACUCAGAACAGACGAGCCUGAAGGUUCCUGAAAGUGGUUCGUCGGAAUCCGCUCGACAUAACCGUACUCCAGGUUCCGGGAAUAGUGGAAUCAAUCAUCCGGGCCCUGGGUCAGCCGAAAACAAUAACAAUCAGGCACCUUUUUGCUACUCGACCGCCACGCGUUUAAAUCGGCAUCAUGCGCGGCAGUUGGCGAUUGCGGAGAACCGCGUACCGAAUUUGAGUCGUCUCACCGAAUCCGACUGUUUGGUUGAUCCGUCAAAAGCCUUUCUCGGGCGAGAACUGAUUCAAAGCAUGCUAGCCCAUAAUCCGAAAGAUCGUCCAACUGCGGAAGAGGUGACGUACUAUCCAUUAUUUUGGCCCGCCAUAAAAACAAUGCGAUUUCUCUCGGAAUUAUCCGAUGUGUUAGACACGCGUGAAGAUGACAUUCAGUCAAAUGGCUCGUUAUUAUACAAUCAGGCGUUAUCGUUCGCGUCGAACAACUUGACUGCUCGUCAGUCAGCAAAUCGGUUUUCUAUGGAACGCCGUGCGCUGCUCGAAGAAAUGGAUGUUGGCGCCCCAUAUGUUUUCAACGAACAUUGGUUCUACCGUUUGGAACCAGAUCUGGUACUCGAUCUGCUGAAAACCCGGGGAUAUCAAGAUACUUCCCUGAUGGAUCUGCUCCGUGCGAUCCGCAACAAACACAACCACAUUUGGCACUUGCCGGAGCAUGUUCGCGUGUUGCUCGGUGGCACUCAAGAAGUGGUGGUGAGCGAUUGGUGGCGCACCGUUGCACCGACUGUGUCUUCUGUCCAAAUCUCGAAAAUGAAUGGACUGAUCAGUUCCGUGAUGGAUGGCAGUGUGAAAUCAGUUCCGUACAGUUUGCAGCUGUACUCACCCUAUUCAGUGCGGCGAGCCGACGUGUCCAAACCCUGGAAACGGGGCCUAGUUGUUCCUGCCACUACCACAGCCAACUCCUCCCCAUCAAGCACAGUGAACAUUCCGUUGAAUGAAUGUGUAUCGGAACCAACCGUGAACACUAAUACAGACGUGCCUCCAAUACAGAGCAUAAAUACUAAACAGCCGACACCUGACAAUUCGCUGACUCCAAAAAAUGAGGAAUUCACCGCCAAACAACCUCGGCGGCGUCCGAAUCAAGCUAAAAAAAUCCGACCACGUAAGAAAGAUGGUAAGGCGGCUCGCGAAAGAUUAGAGAUUGUUGCUCGAGCCGGUUGUGAAUUACCCAUAGCUGUACAAUUGUCAAACAAAAAUCCCAAUAAUAGUUGA